CUUCCGGAUUUCUAUUUUGGAUUUCUUCCUUAUUCGUCACUUUCAAUCCGCUUUUCACAACUCUUCACUCAAAUCCUGCUUUGCUUUCAUCACAUUUUUGUUAGGGUUUUUUAGGAUUCGGUAUUUUCUUUUUAGGAUUUUUUUUUUUUUUUAGAUGAUUGAUUGUUCCUCUUUUUCGUACAUUGAUACAGAUAGAACGAUUAGGUUUAAUUUAAAUCGAGUAUUUGAGAAUUGACAAUGGCUUUGGGAAAGAAGACUGGUUGUUUGAAAUCCAAGAGCGUCGUCUCUGCCGCUGAUAAGGGACUGGAUUUCGGAGUCGUGAGAUACACUCGUGGUUUAGGAAGGAAGCGUGUCGUCAUUUCUUGCCAUGAGGAAGAUUCACCCACCGACUUGACACCGAAGGCGCCGUCUAAGAGGCGCUGCAACGUUGUCAGUACGGCGGUGGAGGACGAUAGGUCUCUGCUCGAGGCUCUGCCUCAGGAGAUUCUGAUUAGGGUUCUCUGCGGUGUGGAACAUGAUGAUUUGAAACAGCUAAUCCGCGUUUCGAAAACAAUUAACGAAGCGACUUUGAUUGCAAAAGACUCGCAUUUCGCUUAUAGCACUCCCUCGAAGGUCCGUAGGUUUCGCACCGCCAUUGAAUUAGACGAUUCCAGCGAUUUCGACGAGAUUGAAGCGCCAAAUGCUUGUCCCACAAGACGAUUCAGAACUCCAUUAAAUAGAAAGAAGCUGGCGGAGAUAUCCAUAGCCUUAUUUGCCGAAGAAGAAGAUCAAUGGCCAAAGAAAAAAUUGCCCAUAUGGACAGAGAUGUGAAUUUUAACAACCCAGAGGCUCUGUAAAUACAAUCUGUAUUCAUAUUGUUGUAGAAACACGGUUGUGGCGGUAGGAAGAAAGAUGUAGUUAAGGAUCUGAAAUCUCAGAUCAUGGUUGAAGAAAAAGAAGUAGCUGUACAUUCCCACUGACCAAAUCUUCAAAUCUUUCAUUGAAGAUGAAGAUGGUGGGUGGGUUAGAAAUGCAUCUCUUUUUUUGUACAGGUAUUACAGACAGGUUGAUAGGUAAAUUCGUUGAUGAAGGGUAGUAUUUUGGUUAGUCCCUUUCAAAUUCUCUGAUAAAUUUGAACAGUACAUUUGUAUGUACUUUUUCUCUCAUUCUUUCUUUAUCUAAUAAAAAUCGAACCAUAGUUUCCUCGCAAUUUUUUGUGUCAUUAUUGAUGUUCUUCCCCUUCAUGUGUAUUUUGCUUUUUUGUUUUUCCAUAAUUUGAUAAAGUGUGGGAUUUUGGGUUUUCUCUAUUUCUUUCCUUUUUUGGUGUGGUGUGUGUGAUGGAAUGAUUUGUAACGUAUGAAAGAUUGUAGAAUUUGGAAAUGGAAUAGAAAUUAUGAGAAAGCAACCGACUUUGAUUGA